GGAACUUGUUACACACAUAUCGCACAAUCAAUUCACAGAAGGAGCCCAACCCAUUGUGACAAACUCGCAGCUGCAAAUUUUAUCAAAUACGCGAAAUGUCGGACACGCCGACAGCCCAAACGCCCCAGAGUAGCAUUUCAAGGGCCCAGGAGCUGAAGGCGCAGCUAAAGCAGCUUCAGGACCAGGUGGAGUCGUUGGACGCGGCGCUGGUUCAGGAGAAUGUUUCCAAGCUGAGCGAGCAGGUGGCGCGCAUCACGGAGAAGCUGCAAACCGCGCUGUCUAAGGUGUCAGAUGCCCCCGCCGCCGCCACCUCCGCCGCCUCCACCGCCGCCGCCUCCACCGCCUCCGCCUCCGCCGCUGCUGCGGGUCGCGGCAAGAUCAGCGCAAUGAGUGCCGAGGUGGUGGACUCCAACCCUUACAGCCGCCUGAUGGCGCUGCAGCGCAUGGGCAUCGUCAAGGAGUACCAGCGCAUCCGGGACAAGACGGUGGCGGUGGUGGGUGUGGGCGGCGUGGGCAGCGUGGCCGCGGAGAUGCUGACCCGCUGCGGCGUAGGUAGGCUGCUCAUCUACGACUACGACAAGGUGGAGCUGGCCAACAUGAACAGGCUGUUCUUCAGGCCGGAGCACUGCGGCAUGACCAAGACGGACGCGGCCAAGAAGACGCUGCAGGAGAUCAACCCGGACGUGGAGAUUGAGAGCUACACCAUGAACAUCACCACACUGCAGGGCUUUGACGCCUUCAAGUCCAGCCUGCUGCGGGCCGACGACCCCUCCGGCACCUCCGCCCCCUCCUCCCGCGUGGACCUGGUGCUGAGCUGCGUGGACAACUACGAGGCGCGCAUCACCAUCAACCAGGUGUGCCUGGAGCUGCAGCAGACCUGGAUGGAGAGCGGCGUGAGCGAGGACGCCGUGGCGGGGCAUAUACAGCUGCUGGUGCCGGGCGAGACGGCGUGCUUCCAGUGCGUGCCGCCGCUGGUGGUGGCCAGCGGCAUUGACGAGCGCACGCUCAAGCGCGAGGGCGUGUGUGCGGCCAGUCUGCCUACCACCAUGGGCAUCGUGGCGGGCAUGCUGGUGCAGGCCGCGCUCAAGUACAUGCUGGACUUCGGCACCGUGUCCAAGUACCUGGGUUACAACAGCCUCAAGGACUUCUUCCCCACCAUGGAGAUAAAGCCCAGCGCCGCCUGCGUCAACGGGCUGUGCCGCCAGAGACAGGCGGAGGAUGAGGCGCGGCGGAACAGCCCGGAGGCGCUGGCGGCGCGGGCGGCGGAGGCGGCGGCAGCGGCGGCGGAGGCAGCGGCGGCGGCGGCGUUGCCGUUGCAUGAGGAGAACGAGUGGGGGAUAGAGGUGAUGAACGACGAGCCUCCGGCCGCAUCCGCGGACUCCUCCGUGUCGGCGGCCGUGUCGGCGGCGGCGGCGGCCGCGUCGGCGGCGGCGGCGGCCUCUGCGGCGGCGCCGGCUCUGGCGGAGGGCAUUGAGUACGGCAUGCCUGUGGACCGCGGUGUGGAUGCGGCCACGCUGGCGGCGGAGGGCAUCGGUGCGGUGGCGGAGAGCACGGAGGAUCUGAUGGCGCAGCUGGCGGCGCUGGGGGCCAAGUGAUGCGAUGGAGGGUGGAGGUGGAUGGUGGUGGUGGAGAGUGAUGGUGGUGGAUGAGGGUGGUGGAUGAGGGUGUGUGGGGUUUAGCCGUUCCUGUGGAGAACGGGAGGGGGGGCGGGUGCAAGGAAGCGGUGCACGUAUGUUAUUGCAGGACAGGCUUGGUGGUGGUCGUCACCAUCAUACCGGUAUAUGUAAGGGAAGAUAGAUGCUGGGGCGGGGUACAUGUACGGUAUACUAGAGCGCGUUUUAUAUGUCUAUAUGGGCUUCGCGAGCUGAAUGUAACGCCUGAGGAGGGCGUGCCCGCAUUCGAGGCUAGUUGGUCAGGAGGCCCGAUUGCAGCAGGAUGAUGGGUCGUCAGUCGUGCAAUGCCGUCGAGGUGUUUGAGGGUGCUGUCACCAGUGCUCCUGUCGGGAGGCCGGCAGGCGGCAGUGUGUCGGGCCUGGGUCAGAGCUCGGCGACCACAGCUGUAACCACAAUGUGUGAAGGUGUGGCAAAAGCGUGGACGCCUGGACAGGUCGCAGCAGGGCAGUGGCACGUGCUAAAUCCGUGGUCCCUGCCGCCGUGCCUAUCACUGCCAGAACCGGAGGUAAUGGAGCUCUUACGAGAGCAAGCCUACUACUAGAGUAGGUCGUCGGCGUUGCAGGUGGCACGUCCCUGAGGUCUAGAGCAGACAUCGCUCGCGACUCGCGUCAGCAAGUCCCUCUUGUAACCAAUGCAAUCU